UUUCUUACAAGUGUGUUGACUUUUUUGAUUUUUCUCUUUCUUCUCUCUCUCUUCUCUCUUUUUCUUCUGGUCGGUUGACAAUUUUUCUUCCACACAUUACUCUUGCUUAAGCCCCCAUCCUCCCAAGCUGCAUUUUCGCAAUCACACCCAAUCUCUACAAAAACAACAAAGUCUCGACUUGUUCAUGUUUUGUUCAUCACUGGACUGGAACGAAUAUUCCCAGCAGCAGCAGCAAGACAGUAUAGAGCAGUACAACUUACAACACUUUCUCAAAGUUAAAAAGAAGGCCUUUCUUACCAUUUCCUAAAGCCAGCCAAUCCGCACUUUUUACAAUUUUUCCACCCUCUCCAAUUAUUCCCCCAAGUUAUUCUUUUUUAAAAAGCAACAAUGGCAGCAGCAAUCAACGUUCGACGUGACGUCAAAGAUUCCUAUUACCGCUACAAGAUGCCUCGCCUUAUUGCAAAGGUUGAAGGUAGAGGCAAUGGUAUUAAAACUGUUAUUCCCAACAUGGCAGAAAUUGCACGCGCUUUGUCCCGUCCUCCUUCGUAUCCCACAAAGUUCUUUGGAUUCGAAUUGGGCGCACAGGUCAAGUGCGACGACAAGAAUGAACGCUACAUCGUAAAUGGUGAACACGACGCUGAGAAGCUCCAGUCGACCCUGGAUGGCUUUAUUUCAAAGUUUGUGUUGUGCCCUUCGUGCCAGAACCCUGAAACAGACUUUGUUAUCAAGGGUGACGUGAUCCACAUGGACUGCAAGGCCUGUGGCGCACGCAACCUGGGCGACAACCGCCACAAGCUGGCCGCCUUUAUUGUCAAGAACCCUCCUGCAUCAGAAUCCAAGAAGCAGCGCAAGCAGCGCAAAGCUGCAACAGCUCAAGCCAAUGGCACCAAUGAAGACGGCAUGCCAGACUCGCCUGUGCAAGAAGACGGUGACGAUGUGGCUGGCUCCGACGACGAUCUGAUCACACAGCGCAUCAACAAGGAGGCUGCUGGCCUUAAACUCGAGAGCAAGCUUGCGCAAGAAGAUUGGUCUGAGGAUACAAGCGAACGAGCUGUGGCUGAGCGUCUCAGAGAACUGACCGUCGACGGCAUAAUGGGCGAUGACGACGACGAUGCCAACAAGUACGAACAAUUCGGCGUGUGGCUUGAAGAGCAAGGGGAUCCCAGCGACCAAGACAUCAUCGCCAAGGCCGAAGAAUUGGGCGUCUUGGGCAAGUACAAAGCUUGCCAGGUGCUGAUCCAGUGCGUUUUCGAUGAUAACGUUGCCGUGCAGAUUCCCAAGCGUGAAAAGCUUUUGCGCAAGUUUGUGACGGGCGAAAAGCAUCAAAAGGCCGUGCUGGGUGGCAUCGAGCGUCUGGUUGGUCUGGAGCACAAGGACAAGUUGUUGAAGAAGGUGCCCACAAUCUUGAUGAAGCUUUAUGAGACCGAAUUGCUCGAAGACGACGUGUACCUCAAGUGGGGCGAGAAGCCUUCCAAGCGUUAUGUUGACAAGGAGGUUUCCAAGGAAGUCAAGAAGGCAGCCAAGCCAUUCUUGGAAUGGGUGGCUAAUGCCGAAGAAGAGUCGUCUGAGGAGGAAUCGGAUUAGUUAGCAGUAGCAGCAGUUAGCCUUUCUGAGAUUAUAUUGUGUGCAUGAGCCUCGUACAUUAAGAAAGAUAUUGGAAAUAAAAAAAAACCAUGGUUCUAUAUUGCGAAUUA